AAUCUGAAUAAAAAUGAUGUCACGUAAAAGAAACAGAAAAAUAAUAAUAGAAUAGAAAACACGGAUGACAGAGACGGAGAGAGAAAAGCUGAGGUCUGACACAGCUACCACUAGCCACUGGACGACCGCUACACCACCCUCGUUGGCCUCGCUGCCGCCGCCGCAGCCGCCGUCUCUGCAGCCAGGCCUCGUUGUGGUCCACACUCCACACAACCUAUAUCUGUCCUAGCUAGAUCCUUGGUUCACUUCCUUCCUCUUCCCUAAGGACUCUCCGUCUAACUCUCUCCCAUUUUUCUUUGUUACCGUCUCAUAAAUCUCCAAAAUCAUUCCCUUUUAAAAGACUAAGACCACUCCAUGACCUUGUCUACGUGCAACAUAUAUCCGUACAGCUCAUUUCUCUCUCUAGGUGUUCUCUCUCUGCAUAUACACACGCGCACACACACACAUAUAUAUCCCUCCAUUUCCUCUCUACCCACCCUCAUAAGGAAGUGAGAAUCUGAGGCAGAUAUUGUUGGGUCCGAGAGAGAUUUAAUUAGAUUUUCAUUUUAAUUUGUGUGUUUGUUAAUUUACAUAUAUAUAUAUCGAUAUAUAUACAUACAUAUACAUAUAGAAAUAUAGUAGAGUCGGACUUUGGUUAAUUGAGUGGUGUGGUGGGUAUGUGAGAACAAAUCAGCAUGCAAUAAGGGUUACGAUCACCGUUUGUUUUCACCAUUCAGUGUUGAUUCUCGCAAUCCAACCUCCGACACGUUGAGUUUCAUACCUAUCUCUACUUUGAAACGGCUCUGAAUUUAUGCUGCAUGCACCCAAAGCCUAUCUGCUAUAUAUCACAUACCAUACCAUAAAUCAAUACACCCAAAAACAAUAUAUCUAUAUAUAGAGAGAGAAAGUGAUCCAUUUGAGGAGUUAGAAAUGGAGCAGCACCAGCAACAGCAGCAGCAAGAUCUACAGCCAAGGAGAAUGGUGAGGCCGCCGGCGGCCCAAUCAGACGGUCGACAACCGCCGCAUCCUCAUCAGCCGCCACAACAGCAGCCUCAAAAGUGCCCUCGCUGUGACUCGCUGAACACCAAAUUUUGCUACUAUAAUAAUUAUAGUCUCUCUCAGCCUCGCUACUUCUGCAAGACUUGCAGGAGGUACUGGACUCAGGGAGGAACCCUUAGGAACGUACCAGUGGGAGGCGGAUGUCGGAAAGGGAAGCGCGCCAAAGGAGCCUCCUCCUCAAACAGUAGCGGCGAAGGAGAUGAUUCGAGAUCUCAACCACCACCACCACCACCAGCAGGAGGUCCGCCACAACAAGAGCAAGUACCCCAAAAUCUGACACAAGAAGGAAUGGGGACUUUGGUUUCGCCGCCGGGGAUGAAUCCAGCCAUCAAUCCAUACUAUUCUGGCGGCGGCUACUUUUCAUCUAUGGUGGCUAUGCAAUCUAUGGGCCAACCACGGCCCUUCAAUCAACCAACACUCGGCAUUGGUGGCCGAUUUGGCGGUGGUGGAGGCGGGGGCGGCUAUAAUUUAGGUCUGUUACAAGGGUUUGAUAUGCCCCCUCCUCCGCAGCAUCAAAAUGAGAUUUACCAAAUGGGUAAUAGAGCUGUUCAACGCUUGAUUCAACCAAGCAGGCCUGGUGGUUCUUGGAAUCAAACCUCCCUCUUCAACCCCCCAAACCCUAGUCAUGCUUCAGAAUCCAAUUUUUGGAACAGCACUACUACUGCCCCCAACAACAGCGACACAGCAGCAGGAGGGGCUUCCUCCAACCCAGAUGAAUGGCCUGAUCUACCAGGCUAUGGCCCUUCUAGUCCUUGAUCAUCCAUCACCCAUUCUAGCUUGUAACCCUUCCAAGAUCUAGUCACAAAACCUGUUUUUGUAUACAGAUUCCAUUGAAUCUGUGUGUUCCCUUUUUGUUUUCUUGGUUGGGUUAGGGUAUAUAUGUAUAAUAUUCUUGUUUGGGGCUUAGGUGGUGGAUCAUGUAUGUUGAGGGAUGUAGUGGAAAUGGGCUAUCUUCUUAUAAAGAAGUUCUGGGUUGGGUUAGGUUAAUGUAAAGUGGCUAAAGUGCUUUUUGAUUGAAGUUAAUGAGGUAUGUGAUUGAUCUUUUCAUCUUUCCAGCUUUAAUGUGUGUGUGUGUUGAAAAUUUCCAGUCUAAAAGAAAAGAUUGUGAUCGAGUACUAUUAUGUAUGGUCUA